AUGGACUUUCUCAAGUCGGCCGUCGCGUCCGCGAUCGCGAAGGGGAGCUCGUUUCCCGUUUCUAUGGGUGAUAGAGUGGAUAUUGGCGAUUCGAUAUGGACACUUCAUAAUGGGACGAGAAGGGAAGACGGCUCGGCGUGUAGUGUUUUCACAUUCGAUAUUGCGGCGAAUAAGUCUCGACUUCCCUUAGCGAAGAAUGCGGUGCGCAAGUCGAGGACGUUGAGACAUCCUGGUGUGAUCAAGGUUUUGGAUACGAUCGAGAAUGAGACGAACCUUUAUAUCGUUACUGAGCGAGUCGUCCCUCUCGAGUGGCAUGUCAAGCGACGGAGCUUGAGCGAGGAAACUGCGAAGUGGGGGUUAUACACGGUGUCGUCUACUCUUAAAUUCAUCAACGACGAUGCGUCCUCCGUUCACGGCGCUGUGCGCGCAUCCUCUGUCUACACGAGUGAAAGUGGAGAGUGGAAGCUGGGCGGGUUCGAUAUUCUGAGCUCCAUGAAAGAAGACGAUGCUAUCAUAUAUACCUACGGAAGUCUAGUGCCCGAUGCAGCUCGCUACACACCUCCAGAAGUCGUCAAGGGUGGCUGGGAUGCUAUUAAGCGCCACCCACUGGCGGCAGUUGAUGCAUAUGGACUCGGCAUCUUGAUCUUUGAGGUCUUUAAUGGUCAUUUCUCUGGCGGGGAUCAAGUCGGCAAGACAACGAAUAUACCGCCUUCCAUGCAGCAGAGCUACAAGCGUCUCUGCACAGCAAAUCCUAAGCUGCGACUUAGUGCGGCGCAUUUUGUUGAGCAAGGGAAGAAGCAGGGUGGCUUCUUCCAGACACCUUUAAUCCGCUUGACGGAAGAUAUGGAGAGCCUGGGACUUAAAGAUGAUGCUGAGCGCGAGGAGUUUAUCAAUGAGCUUGAUAAUCUCUCCGAUGAUUUCCCUGAAGACUUCUUCAAAAUGAAAGUUCUCCCCGAGCUUCUCAAGUCCGUCGAGUUUGGCGGUGGUGGGCCUAAGGUCCUCAGUGCCACAUUGAAGAUUGGCUCAAAGCUAUCGGCAGACGAGUUCAAUGCCAAAUUGACACCUGUAAUCGUACGGCUCUUUGGCAACCCUGACCGUGCGCUGCGAGUGUGUCUGUUGGAUAACCUGCCGUUGAUGAUUGAUAAUCUGCCACAGAAGAUUGUCAAUGACAAGAUCUUCCCGCAGAUGACCUCUGGCUUUACGGAUAUUGCUCCCGUAGUUCGAGAACAGACGGUCAAGGCUGUUCUGUCUGUCGUUAACAAACUAAGUGAUAGAGUUGUCAAUGGAGAGCUGCUGAAGUUCCUAGCGCGUACAGCCAAUGAUGAGCAACCUGGUAUUCGUACUAACACCACCAUUUGUCUGGGCAAGAUUGCGAAGAACCUGGGACCAGGCACCCGCUCCAAGGUGCUUAUUGCUGCCUUUACGAGAUCCAUCAGGGAUCCGUUCGUGCAUGCUCGAAAUGCCGGUUUGCUCGCAUUAGCUGCCACAAUCGAUACAUUUACGGAGGAAGAUUGCGCUGGCAAGAUCCUGCCAGCUAUUUGCCCAGCACUCUUGGACAAGGAGAAGCUGGUCCGCGACCAAGCGAAUAAAACACUUGAUCUCUACCUCCAACGAGUCCGUAAAUUCGGCGGCACGAUGGCCGACACAGUUAUACAACCACCUACCAGCUCAACCCCCGAACCCAACAAGUCAGAUGCCCGCAUCGGGAACUCAAACGACAAGUCUUGGGCCGGCUGGGCUAUCUCCUCAUUUACCAACAAACUCGCCGCCGCAGACGGCGAGAUCGCACCCACAGUAACCGCCAACAAGCCAUCCGAAAACAUUCCCCGUCCAGCCUCCGUCCCACGCCCCACCACAUCCUCCCCCUCCAUUCAACCCGAGCCUACCAACAAAAUCCUCCGCGCAGCAGCGCACCCUCUCUCCAGAUCCCAAUCCGAUAGACCUGUGCCCAUAGUCCAGGACGAAUGGCACGACGCCGAAGAAGGAGACGAUGUCUUCGACGCAUGGGGCGCCAUUGACGAAGACGACGACAAAGGCGUCGAUCCCUUCACCGCAGCCGUGACAUCUCCCAAUCCCUCCUCGCCAGAACCGACAGCAAGCAAAGCAUCUGCUGUCCCCUACGAUGACGGCGGUGAACCUGAUUUCGCUGGCUGGUUGGCGGCUAAGAAUCAGGCUAAGUCGAAGAAUCCUCUACCGAAGGGGUUGACUAAGAGUAUGCCUGCCGCGAAAGCGGUUGCUAAGCCUAGGGUUGUGGCGCCAGCUAAGAAGAUUGAUACGAAACCCAAAGAUGCGGAUGAGGAUGAUGGGUGGGGUGAUGCGUGGGAUUAG